CGAGUGACUCAGCAGAAAUAAUUGCUGUAUGGUAUGGACAUACAAGCGUUUUGCAACUCCAACUUUGGGGGUUUUAUUGUUUAGUUAUUGUCCUUACAUAAUUACUAUGUGACUCUCAGCAUAUCCCCCUACAGAAGAAACGGAUUUUGUACAUCUCUGAGUGUUAUAUGGCAAGCAGAAUAUACGGUCUGUCAGGAUUGAAAUUACAUCUCAGUCUGUGAACUAUAACUGCUUUAGUAUUGUCAAGUCACUGUUGUAUAAUAAGUAUAGUAGUAUAGCAAAUUCACUCACUUUCCGAAUUUUUUUGGUAGUUACAAACAAUUUCGUUGGCAAGUACUAUUAGCGAUAGUCGGUAUGGAAGCACACGUAUUGAGUGAGUUUGUUGAAGGUCUUAAAGAGGCUUACAGAGAGAGGCUAUUUAACAUGGAGGAACAAUGGCCACCAGUUAGGGGAGAUAAGCUGAUAAAGUUGCACUUAGUGGAGGCAGAAAAAGAAGAGGGAUUUAGAGCUGGGUUGCCACAACCUGGCGCACCUAAUGAAAAGGUCAAACGUACUCCAAUUCUCCAUGAAAACUUGUUUAAAAUCAAAGAAGGCAAGAAACCAGAGAAAAAACUUAUCGUGGAAGGCAAUGCUGGGAUUGGUAAAACUACACUAUGUACCAUGCUUGCUGAAGGGUGGGCAGAGGGAAAUAUCCUGACACAAUUCGACUGUGUCCUGUUACUUCCCCUCAGGGAACAGUUAGUUAGCUCAGCCUCCUCUCUUACUGACCUCCUGGCUCUUCAUCAUCCCGACGAGAUAAUUUGUGAGCCUGUUGUUCGUCACUUAAAGAGAAUAAGAGGAAAGGGGGUGCUCAUCAUUGCUGAUGGAUGGGACGAGCUCAGUGAAGCAAAUCGUUCAAAAGCGUCUUUUCUAUACAAUCUUUUGUUUGGUCGUCAUCUUCCUUUUAUUUCUGUUCUCCUCACCUCACGACCUUCUGCUUCAGCUCCUCUUCAUGAUCUUCCUUCUGUGGACCGUUUGGUUGAAGUAGUCGGUUUUAAUGAAGAGAAUAUCAAGCAGUACAUAGAAUCUGAGUUUGAUCAAUUCCCAGAGAAAGCUUCUUCUCUUAUCGAGCAGCUUGAGAACAACCCAGUCCUUGAGAGUGUGUGUUCUGUACCCCUCAAUUGCGCCAUUGUUUGUAACUUGUGGCACACUUUAGAUCGAGAGCUUCCUCGUACGCUAACUGAGCUGUACACUCAAAUUGUUCUUAACAUUAUCCUUCGCAAUAUCAAAAAGAAGUUUCCUGAUUGUCCGAUUGGCCUUAAUAGUUUUGAUGAGAUUCCGAAUGAUCUACAAGACACCUUCUGGUUGAUCUGUGAGUUUGCCUACGAGUGCUUACUACUAGAUCAGCUGGUUUUUUCAGAAGCUGAAUUGUCCUCUCGCUUACCUGAUGUCGGUGACAAGUUGCAGUGCUUUGGUCUGUUGCAGUCUGCCCGAUCACUUCUACCUGUUGGUCAUGGCCUAUCUUUUCACUUUGCUCACCUGACCAUCCAGGAGUUCAUGGCUGCUCUCCAUCUUGCUACUCUCCCUAAUGAGGAGAAACUGAAAGUUGUUAAGGCGAGUGCUAGGAGUGUCCGAUUUAACAUGGUAUGGAGGUUUAUGUUCGGUCUUGCUAGUAAGCUCUACCGUGAAUCUGAUAAGGUGAUCAGUUUUAAUGAUAGUUUGGUGGAUCAAUUUCUGAUGGCUAAAAAUCAGGAUGUUUUGGCUUUAUGUCAUGUGGCUUUCGAAGCUUCAGACCCUGACAUUGCACUAAGAGUUUGUAAAAUGUCUGUGCGACAUCUAUUCCACAGAGGUCUUAGUACUCCCUUCGACUGUGUAGCUGGAUUCCAUGUUCUUCGUUAUGCCGAAAAAUGUGAUAAUAUGGUUAUCAGAAUAUCCUAUUGUGCAAUUGAUGAUAUGUUGUUGAAGAAACUAACUGACAUACUUUCCGAUGCGAAUGGUCAUUUGCAAGUUCGAGACUUAUCCCUCGUGAAGACUAAGGUGUCUGACAAAGGUGUUGCUGAUUUAUUCAAGAGAGCCUCAGUUGCCUUUACAGCUUUGGAUACACUCCUGUUGUAUAAAAAUAACUUCACUGGGAUAAUGUCGAUAUUCAUACACAAGACAAGUACGAGUCUCACGCAACUGGACUUAUCCACCAAUCCUCUUGGAGUGUCUGGUAUACAGUCAUUAGAGACAGCUGUACGGUCUGGUGCCCUUAUCAAACUAGAAAGCCUGGGGCUAUCUAACACCCUCACUGAUGAUGCUGACAUCAAUGGGGCUCUGCUGACAACCCUCUUACAGUCUAUUUCCUCACACUGUGCUCGACUGUUAGGCUUAGACCUCUCUGUUAAUAAUCUUGGUUUACCUGGAUUAUGUUCAGUAGUGGAAAACGUUCCAUUAGGAUUGAAUAGUAUUGGUUUCUCUGGUUGCUUCCUCACCUCCGCUGACAUUGUGAUGCUUAUCCACUUUCUCAAGUCGGCUAAUGUGAUAUGUAAGAAGUUGAAAUUGUUAAAUCUCAGCUCCAAUUGCAUCGAUGAUGAUGGAGUGAUUGCUCUCGCUGAAUGUUUACCUGAGCGGUUUCCUAGCCUGGUUGGCUUCAAUGUCAGUCCCCUGGGUGCUGUUCUUCUCUAUGGAAAUCCUGUGAGCGAAGAGUUGAUACACAUGUGCAAUGACAACUUAAAGGUCAUUGAGGAAACUGCUGUGCUGAAUAAGUUUAUUCCUCAAGAAUAUGAAGAGGUACAUACGACCGAUGUUUGGGAUGUACUACUGUCAGAGAUGAUUUGCACUAUUUGUGAUGACGACAGAUUGGCCAGUCAUGUUACAAUAUUCUUUCCAGACCCAUUUUUCCAUAACCCGAAUUCAUCUAGUGAUGAGCCUACCUAUUCUACUACGGAGCUGCAGGGUGAGGAAGGGACAUACACUCAUACUGACUCCGAUGUAUCAGUUGCUGACUCUAGUAGUGAUGAAGUAGCUACACCAACACUCCCAACUUCAUCUCCUUACUAUCAAGCCAGUUCAGUUCCUCCAGAGUUGACUCUCAGUGUCCUGGACAAGGAGCUCAAGACACUCACAAAACCGAUAAAGUUUGGGGUCAGUUUGGGCAUUCCUCAACACAUACUGGAGGUCAUCCAGCAAGACAAUCGAUUUAAUACUGAAGGUCAAAAGAUUGCCCUGUUCCAGUUCAUUGCCAAGAACUACAAGAGUCUACGAAUAACUUGGAGCAUUAUUGCCGACGCUCUCCAUGACAUUGAUUAUGGGGACUUGUCAUCAAUUGUUCGGAGAAAAUACUGCACGAUAUAGUACAUGUGUCUAAUUUGAUAGUUAUUUAAUUGUUAACAAACAUUGCACCAGAGAAAACUUGACAGAGUAAUACAUAGAUCUAUCUAUAGUAUCGUAUAAAACUGACACUGUAAAUUUAUUGUCUGUUGUGUUUGUGUUUCUUAUAGCACAGUG